AUGGAAGAGGUAGGAAGUUUGCAAGAAACAUCAAAUUGGGAAAAUAUACUACAAUCUUUGGGGAUUGAGAAACUCGCAAAUGAUAUUGAAACGGAGGAUGUCCAGGGAAAGGUCUUGGAGUCCCUUGAAGAGUGGGAGGAUUUUUAUUACACAUACUCUUUGUGGGUAGGCUUCAGUGUCCGCAAAGCAGAUGUACAGAAAAAAAAUGGGAACAUCACCAUGAGAAAAUGGGUAUGUUCAAAAGAAGAUUUUCGCAAACACAUGGAAAUUGACAAGGCCGGUGGGAGCAAACGAAAAACAUCUAUUACUAGGACUGGUUGCCAAGCUAGUUUUCGAGUCGUAAUGAUGGGCGAUGAGGGUCCGUGGAUUUGCAAGGAAUUCCAACCUCUGCACAACCAUGACAAGGCAGCAUUAGAUGAGUUGCGAUUUCUGAGAUCAAACCGUUCCGUGUCAGAAACCCUAGUUGCUCAAGUGAGGUCAAUGAACCAAGUUGGGAUAAGAACUUCACACAUCAUCUCCCACUUGGCAAUGCAGUCUGGUGGGUACGAAAGGAUGCCUUGCCAGCUACGAGACGUUUACAACAAGGUCGCCCAUGUCAAAAGAAAAGAGAAAAGAUGUACAGAUUCAGAUGGUGCUUUGGGAUAUUUGGAUUGUCUGUCAAAGAGGGAUCCAAAUUUCUUCAUUCAAUAUCAAUAUGACGUGGACAACAGAUUGGGGAACCUAUUCUGGGUGGACGGAUAUUCUCGACGGGAUUUCGUCGCAUUCAGUGAGGUUAUUGGAUUUGACACAACAUAUAUGACAAACAAAUAUAAUAAACCCCUGAAAAUUAUUUUGGGCGUCAAUCACCAUUUCAAGACCUGCAUAUUUGGAAUGGCACUGCUUAACUCCGAGGAUGAGCAAACUUACUUUUGGUUGCUUGACAAAUUUAUUGAAUGCCACAAUCAUGUAACACCAAAGGUUGUAGUGACAGAUGGAGAUGGAGCUAUCAAAAAUGCUGCCUUGAAGUACUUCCCAAAUGCAACUCAUCGGUUGUGUGCGUGGCACCUGUGUACCAACGCUUUAAAAAUUUCAAAAGACCCCCGAUUCUUACAAGGGUUUCAAGAUGUCAUGUACAACUAUUACACAAUAGAGGAAUUCAUGCAAAAAUUGGGGGAAUUAAUACACAAUUUUGACCUCCAUUCUAGCCAAUGGUGCACCAACACUUAUCACAGUCGUCGUUCAUGGGCAGAGACAUACCUAAGAGGGAAAUUUGUCGCCGGAAUGCGGACCAACCAAAGAUGUGAGUCCAUGAAUUCAAGUAUUAAAAAAUUCCUACAUGCAAGUUAUAGUCUCCGUGAAUUCGUUACCUUGAAAAAGUUGAGGCACGUCGAGAGAAAAGAUGAUUACAAUAGUCGACACAGAAGUCCUCCAAUACCAGGUCCCAAAAAUGCUCUUAAGACGUACCAUGAGUAG